UCCAAAUUACAGUUUCUGUAAAUUAUGCUUGUUUGCCUUUGUAUGCAGUUGAAAAGAUGAAGCCAUAUUCUGCAGCUAAGCUCAUGAAACUUGGGUUACUGCUUCUACUUGUAACACUGAUCUUUCAGUUGUCACUGGUGGUUGGGCGCGGUAGUAGUGGCAGUGGGCGCGGUGGUGGUGGUAGUGGCAGUGGGCGCAGUGGUAGUGGCAGUGGCAGUGGGCAGGGUGUUUUUCGUGGCCGCGGGGGUGGUGGUUAUCACCAACAUAGAAGCGAUGCAUCUACCAACACAUUGCUUUAUUCAAUCUUGCCUCUUUUAACUUGUAUUCCACUGAUUCUCUGCAGGGAAUAUGCUCCUUUUGGUUUUUAGGGCUAGCCUAGCCCAAGGGCGGAGACGGGGGGAGCGCGCCAGCUCAACUUUUCAUUCUAAAAAACUGGUAUUAGUCUAUUAGAGUUUUAUUAUGGUUUUAUUAUGGUUCUUUGUUGAAGUAUUUGCUAUAAAAGAUGUUACAUAUAUAUGUUAUAUCUACUAUGCUGUUUAAAUUGAAGCCUUUAGAUCUUAAAUGAUAGUUAAUACCAUGUUCUCGCAUAUUUCGUUGUAUGCUACUGUAUAUAUGAAAUUGUUUCCCAUUAAGAAAUUAAAAAAUGGUAG